AGCUGAUACGUAACGUCACGUAAAGAACGCGGAGGGGUUGGAGGGGGCGGGGGGCUGGUCCUCGCGCCGCUGACCUCCUCCUCCUGCCUGCCGUCGCUCCUCCGCUCAGCUCCUUCCUGCCCGCCGCCGCUGCCUCAGCUCCCCUCAAACGGCUCUUUCUCAUCGCGGAUCAUGUGCCUCUCUCCCCGGCUGUCUGAGGAAGUCCGCCUCGAUUUCUCCUCCCCGUGUUUCGCUUCUUCUUCCUCUACUUGACAACCUGCUCCUCCUCCAUCUUUUCUCCGCGGCUGUCACCUCUCUCCGAGAGACCCGGCGGAGAACACCGGCGCAGCCUCCCCGCUCCCUCCUCCUCCUCCUUCUCCUCCUGCGGCCGGACAGAGCAGCUCAUGGAGGCCCCGGCGGAGGAGAAGGAGCCGUCCGUGGAUAAGUCCCUGCCUCUGCCUACCCUGAGCCCGGCUGUGCCCCCGUACGUGACUCUGGGCCUGACCGUAGCCUACACCGUCUUCUACUCCCUCCUCUUCAUCUUCGUCUACGUGCAGCUCUGGCUCGUCCUCCGGUACCGACACAAACGGUUCAGCUACCAGACCGUGUUCCUGUCGCUGUGCCUGCUCUGGUCGGCCCUUCGCACCCUCCUCUUCUCCUUCUAUUUCAGGAACUUUGUGACGGCCAACACUCUGGGGCCUUUCCCCUUCUGGCUGCUCUACUGCUUCCCUGUUUGCCUCCAGUUCUUCACCCUCAGCCUCAUGAACCUGUACUUUGCACAGGUGAGUCUGCACAAAAAUUGAUGCUGUGACAGUUUUUUCUCAACACCAGCUGCACUCCUGAAAACAUUAUGUUCUUUUUUUGAUUUUGAGCCUGUGCUGUGAUUUUCAGAUGCACAAAUCUGAAUAUGAGGACUUUGACUGUUCAGCAGUCUUCACUUUGACAACAAACAGCAGAAGGUUAAAGAAAAACAGUCCAGUACAUUAGUUAUUAAAGGGAUAUUCUGGUGUAAAAUUAAGUUACGGGUCACCGAGUUAGACACCCCCUCCAGAGAUGAAUGUUGCUGACUGCUUGCUUCUCUAGUUAUAUCAACUUUAGUAACAACCACAUAAUAGAGAUACAGAGAGCCACGCGCUCAACCAAAACGCCACUCUAUAGCCACAAAUAAUGCUCAGAACAGCACCUAACUUCAUCAACAGGACAUAUAGGGUCACAGACAUAGUACUAGCCACCAAACAUCUUUUCUACUUUGCCUGAUUUCUUUCGCAAAGAGACUAAACACAACUUACCUACUCUCGUCCAGUAGCUGCUUGUUUGUAGUGAAACCUCGGGCCAGUCCAUUAUGGACUACAGUGGAGUUUCACAGCUCAAGGAAGAACAUUUAUGAUCAUUUCUUCAUGGAAAUACAAUCAGAGCGAGACGCUAAGGCAGAAGAACUACCGCGUCUACAGUGCAAAAUGAUUAAUAUGGUGAUUAUUACUUCAAGGAAAUGAUAAAGAAAUGAUCAUAAAUGUUCUUCCUUGAGCUGCGUCACCCCGCUGUAGACCGUAAUGGACUGGCCAAACAAGCGGCUACUGGAAGAAAGUAGGUGAGUUGUGUUUAGCCUCUUUGCUAAAGAAGUUAGUCAAAGUUAAAAAGAUGUUUGGUGGCUAGUACUAUGUCUGUGACCCUAUAUGUCCUGUUGAUGAAGUUAGGUGCUGUUCUGAGCAUUAUUUGUGGCUAAAAAGUGGCGUUUUGGUUGAGCGCGUGGCUCUCUGUAUUGCUAUCGUAAGGUCGUUACUAAAGUUGGUAUAACUAGAGAAGUAAGCGGUCGGUAACAUUCAUGUCUCGAGGGGGUGUCUAACUCAGUGUUACGGUGUGUUUGACCCUAACUUAAUUUUACUCCGCAAUAUCCCUUUAAGAGUUUAAAAAAACAUGUGUUACAGUAUUUUCUUCCUGUCAAAACAUCCAAACAAGUUUACCACCCUGGUUUCACACAGCAAGAAAGAAAUGCGUCAUUUAGCCCCAAUGACACAAUAACUUCACUCAAAGACACAAUUAGGGGUUUGGGGAGACUAAUAAUCACUUACAGGUUAACUAUUGCGCUUUGCUGCGUGUGUGAGCUGUUUUAUGAAAUGUAGCCGGUCUACUAAGAACUUCAGAAAUGUUUGAGAGAAGUGCCAGACGUACUGUUACACUAUCAGAGGUUAGUGAGUGUCAACAAAGUGUCUCCACUUGGUGUUUUUCUGGUGUUGGAAGAUUAUUUUGGUUGUCGAGUCCAGAGAGGUCAGGCUCGAGAUGUUUGCAACACUUGUUGUUUUUCUCUCAGCUACUCAGAGACUGUUUGGACUAGACUUACAAAAUCAAUAUAUUACCUCUCUUGACCCCAGUUAAAGGAAGUUGAAGCAGUUUGCAGAAGGCUUACUGAUAUAUUAACAUAUUUUCACUCAAUCCAGACAAACAACUUUAAUUAAAAAACGAUGAAGCUCAUAAAAAUAUGGAUUACUGGAUCUUUAUUUGACACUGAAGAGGACAAAGCCUGAUUAAUGCACAGUCUUGAUAUUAAAAAACACACAUUGAAGCAAUAACAGCUUGUGAAUGUUUAAAGAUAUUUUGAGCGCAUUCAUUACAACAUAUUUCUGCGUUUGCUUCCUGUGUCAACAUCGAGAGUCAGACGGCGAAAUAGAUCUUAACUAUGCUAGAGUGAGGUAGAUAAUGUAAUAAUACUGUAAGAAAGGGAUAAUGUAUAGUGAACAGGUGGUUAGAAUCCCGAUAGGGUGAGCAAGAUCCUUGUAUAAUAAUAAUUCUUUGUACAGUUAGAAAAUGUAGUCACAAUUCAUGAAUGACACACAUAUUAGCAUAGUUGCUUUUAUGGUUAGGGAAGCACCGAUCUCGGCUCCGAUUUUUACAAAUUAACUAGAUGGAUACUGGAUGAAUGACACCGAUCCAGCGUUCCGAUCCAGUCUUUUUUUUCUUUAAAUUAAUUUUUCUUUUAAUGCAUGGAAGUCUUACUUCUUUUUGCUGUGUGCUGAUGUGUAAUUUGUUAUUUGUUAAUAAAUAAUACUAAGUUAAUUUAUAUCUGUCUUAAUUUGUUACCUUUAUUUUAUGUCAAGCCUGAUACCUUCACUCAAAGAACAAGGAAUACAGUUCAUUCAUUCAACAUUAGUAUUGGAUCAGUGUCAGUUUAUCGGUCAAUACGCUCGGCCCAGUUAUCGGUAUCGGAUUGGAAAAAAAUGGAUUGGUGUAUCUCUAUUUAUGGUUUAAGUGACUUAAACUAGAGACUAGAACUGUAGAGAUGUUUUCACUAGAUUUGCUGCGGUUGCACAGAUUGCAGGACAGGAAGUUGAUUCACUUCUACUUUUCAGGCCUGGUUAGUGAUUCAGUGGUUCUCCCCAUUUCGCACUAAACGUCAUUAUUCCCUAAUGCUCAAAACAAGUCUGAGAUAUAGAUUACGUGUGUUUUUGCCGCAGUGUCAACAGGCAGAGGUCAGAUGUGCUGGAACUCGUCUUUGGAGAUUGAUUUGAUUUGACGUGUUUGAUCCAGCUGGAGAUAUAUAUUAAGAGAUCUAGGCGGAAAUGCUGAAUGAUGAUGGAUUUUUUAAUAUAUAGACCAGAAAGUUACAGAAGCAGUGUCAGAAAAUAAGACAAAAAUCAAGUAGAAUCAGUUGGUUGUUGUCAGUUUCACUCUCUUCUAUCUCGAUAAGACUCACAGUGUGUAAAUCUUCUCUUAUCUCCGUCUUUCAUCGAAUAACAAACAACAGUUCCUCUAUUGUCUUCUUAAAGCUUAUUUUUAGAUGUAUCCUCUGGUGUUGAUUUGAGUCAUGAAGUCGAGUUGGCCGACAGACAAAUCAUUACUUGUGUCACUGAGCGGUGUGAUUACUGUACAUCAUAAACUCAGCUGUUUUUCAGCCGCUCAGUUCCUGUUUCUGAGAGAUCGGCUGUUUAUAGAAGUGACAGAAAACAGAAGUGAAAGCAGGUUGUUCAAAGCAGGUUGUGGCGCAUUUACAUGAUCAGUUUUUUUUUUUAUUUCUCUUCGCAGGUUGUUUUCAAGGCAAAGUCCAAAUAUGCACCUGAGCUUCUGAGAUACAGGUAAGACCAGUUUAGGCUCUUUAUGGGGAUCAGAUCAUUUGACUCAGACAUGCAAUAAAACCAUUGAACAGAGGGUUGAUUCAUGACUGCAGCUUGUUUUUAUCAUGUUUAAAAUGCCCUCUUACUGUGCAUGUGUUUAACUUUUGCUAAAAUGUUAGUGUUCUACCUGGCUGUGUUUUCAUUCUUGGUGUUCACAAGUGUCUCCUCUCCUCCUUCUUCCUCCUCAGGCUGCCUCUGUACCUCCUCUUCCUCUCCAUCAGCCUGCUCUUCUUGGUGGUGAACCUGGUUUGUGCUCUGCUGGUGAAAAUGUCCUCUGCAGAAGUCCACACCAUCGUUCUCAUCAGGGUCGCCAUCAAUGACACCCUCUUCGUCCUGUGCGCCAUCUCGCUCUCCGCGUGUCUCUACAAGAUCGCUAAGAUGUCUCUGGCCAACAUUUACCUGGAGUCAAAGGUGAGAAACUUUAUCACUGAGAGAGGAAUCCAAUCUGAGCAGGUGGAUUUAUACCCUCUGGGUGUUCAGAAAUCAUCGUUUCUACUUCAAACCGUUUCUGAAUUAAAAAGAUUUCAGGGUCUUUGAAAUCAGCUAAAAAGAGGGUCUUUAUUUUGUAUGAUUUGAAAAUAUGUUGAACGCCAACACAGUAGGCGGCACAUUAAUCGCUCUCGUGUGUGGAUCAUCAUAUUUUUAUGAUGGUGUGGAGCCAUAAAUGUAAUUGAAAUCUGAUUUAUCGCCCGGCUCUAAUGACUGGAUUAAUCUGCGCCUUUCUUCCUCAUGAAGGUAUCAAGCAUCCCUCUACACUAAGUGUCUGUAUGUAAAGGAUCAACAUGGCUGUGGGGGUAACAGUACGGAUGAGCAGGAAAAUCAGACUCGUCCAGAAAUAGACUUUCCUCCAAUACAAGAUUGACUUUAUAACGAUCAGCUUUAAUUUUAACAUAUAAAUAUCACCACAGAGAACGUUUCAGUGUUCACCAGUUUUAGUCCAAAGCCAUGAUAUUGAUACGAGCUUUUCUUGAUAUUCUUCUUGAUGUGGAUUUGAGGCCUUAUCGCCCAGCCCCACGUCACACAAAUCUUCCUGUUCCCGAGGGUGAUCAUACGUCCUCCUUUACCUGGACAUGUCUUCUUUUUUGGGGGCUGUCCAGGUUGUUCGGGGGAGUUUAUAAAAUCCUUCAAAUGUUUGUGGUUUUGUACGAAAGUUUUGAUUUUGUGUCACAUGGACUUACUGAAUUAGAAAAACUCUCAAAAUUAACUUUGUGUGACUCUGUGACUCCGCUCCCACGAAGUUGUGUCCUCUUUUAGGGAAGUCAGACUAUGGUCACUCUCUGUUCCCCACAAACGACCCCAACACAAUAUAAUCAGUUUAACCCCAAAAGUAAUCAAAACCAAAAGAAUGAGUCCCAACAGUUCCCCCUGUUCAGUGUCCGAUUUCCCUUCGGAACAAAAGGCAACAAAAAUUCUCAAGGUACGAUCCUGAUCCAACCGCCUUAGUCUAACAAAAACUACUCCUCCACAGUCCCAAAGACAAAAUUAUCCAUUGAAAAGGGAAAUGUCAGCAAUGCACUGCAAAAAAAAAAAAACUCCAAAGUGGUAGACUCACUGGUCCUUGGAUGCUCCCUCUGAGCCCAGCUCUCACAGUUCCUCUGCUCCCCCUCCAGUAUUAGAGACGCUCAAGGAUCACCUGCAGCUCUAGAUGUGUCCUCGGUUUCCUCACUCUGGAUCAGACGCCCGGCUUCCCGACACUUUACUCCUGGAAUCAGCCAAAUCUCUCCUCAAACAUUUCCUCCUGAUCCUCUAUUGUUCUCCUUCUGCCCCCAUCCCCCCUCUUCACACCUCUGCUCACCCCACACCCCAAUCACACACACACAAUAGUAUCAAGGAAGGGUGAACUUGGGGGUACCACCUGUCAAGUUUUUAACCCAGAUCAUCCCCAAAUCAAGAAUUUUUUUUGCCACCCAACUUGGUCUCAUCUCUGUCAGGUUUUGUUUGUUUUGAACUGAAGCUCCUCCUAAAGUAAACUCGAUGUGUGAUUUCUGUAUCUGCUCAGGGGACGUCAGUGUGUCAGGUGACGGUGAUCGGAGCCACCGUCAUCCUCCUCUACGCAUCGCGGGCCUGCUACAACCUGGUCGUCCUCGCGCUCUCCAACAAGAGCAUCAACUCCUUCGACUACGACUGGUACAACGUCUCAGACCAGGUGAUCCUCCAUGAAGUUUGACAUCUUUGAAAUGGUUUUGUAUAUUUGCUGAGAGUUUGAUCGACAGAUUACGACUUUUACCAUCUUUGACAGUAGCGUAGUGUUUCUAAGGAGUAACAGGAAAAGUAAAAAGAAAAUACACUCAGAUGUUCCAGUCAUAACUCUCAGAUUCAGAAACCUUCAGGACUAAUUAAUCCAUAAUUAAUCCAAAUACUCCUUUACUCAGGAAAUGUAGGUUUCCAUUACCGUAAUACACACGACACCAAAACUGAAGUUAUUUUAUCUUAUCAUGUGUCAGUUUCAUCAUCAAACCUUGUGAUAAUGACUCACAAAAACAAAAAGAAACCUUCAGGAAAAAGUCAGAUUUCAGUCAGCUGUUUCGCCCUUUUUCAUGAAUUUGAUUCUGGGAAAGUAAAAGUGAAUGUUUGUUUGUUUUUCAGGCUGAUUUACAGUCGACUCUCGGGGACGCCGGCUAUGUCGUCUUCGGAGUGGUCCUGUUUGUGUGGGAGCUGCUGCCGACGUCUCUCGUAGUUUUCUUCUUCAGAGUUCGGCAGCCGAACCAGGACAGGGUGAGCGAACAUUUACAGUCAGAGAUUCGGUCUAAUGAAGAAAUAAUAAUUCUCAAAAAACAUUUAAAAGAGGUUUAAAUAUUUUACCCGUUAAUGCAGAUGUUCAUGCCUUUGCAGAGCUCACUCAGAAAGCAGAUACAAACCAUUUCUUAUUUUUUCUUUAGAGCGGCUCUGGGAUCCCAAGUCACGUCUUCUCCUCGAGGUCGUACUUCUUUGACAACCCACGGCGAUAUGACAGCGAUGAUGACUUAGCGUGGAGCGUCAUGCCUCAGAACAUCCAGGCCAGGUAAGAACAGAGACGUUGACACCUGAACGCUAACUAAGAGCAGCUAUAGAGGACAUCUAUGAUAAAUACAUUUUUCCUCACUUUGUCAAAUUUCCGUCUUCUCCUCAGUCUGGCGGCCGACAGCUACGAGUGGGGGAGUCAGAGCAGCGGGAUCAGCGCCUACAUCGGAGGAGACGACAGUUACCUCCUCCCUGCUCCUCCAGAGCAGCUCGGACAUUACUGACAGGUGUGACUCCUGCUCACCUGGGGACCUGUUUCUUUUGUAUUUGUAUAUUUUUGCACAGUCUCUUUCUCUUAGUGUCAGAGGCACAUCAGGCUGAAUUCAGCCCUUCACUCCAAACAUUCAGUUGAUUUAUUUCUACUAGAAGAACUAACAAACGUCUCUCUGCCAGUAUCCAAGUCCACUGAUGAGACUUUAAUUUGCACAAAACUUGUACAAAGUUCCUCCCGACUUUGUUCUCUCUUAAACAUUUUAACUGUAUAGUUGAUAUUUAAUACUGCUAAUAUAUUUCCUGACUUUUGUAAAGUGUACUGUACUACUAUUUUAUGUACUGUCUAUGGACCAGUUCUUUUUCAUACAGAUUUUUUACAUGCGUAGGGAGACUCAUUUAAUUCAUAUUAAAAAAAAGCAAAAUAUGCUGUGGAAAAUACA